AUGUACCUAUAAAGCAAAUGCAAAACAUAUUGAGAGAUGAUCAGAGCUUCAAAACACAAUAUGAGAAUGAAAAAUGCAUCAAUUAUCUUUUGGUCAUGGUUUUUCUUCCUGGUUUACUUGAGUCGAGUCGUAGUAUGUAAUAAUAUCAUCGAUCAAUGUCAACCGAUGGUAGCACCAGAUAUUGAAGUUGUUCGAUUCGCCUCGAAUUUCGAGUACCUUGAAGGUGAGUUCUUCUUGCAUUGUGCGCUUGGUGAAGGGAUUGACUCCAUUAAUCCAAAUUUAGCAUUUGGAGGACCACCACCAAUUGGUGCUCAAAAGGCCAAUUUAGAUCCUGUUACUGCUAACAUCGCCAAGGAAUUUGGAUAUCAAGAAAUUGGACAACUAAGAUCUGUAAUCGAGGCAGCUGGUGGAAGAGGAAUUAAAAGGCCAUUGUUGAAUCUAAGUAAAGAAGUAUUUUCAGAUAUAUUUGACGAAGCAAUAGGGUUUAAGUUGGAACCAAGAUUUGAUCCAUAUUCAAAUUCAAUCAAUUUUCUACUUGCUGCCAAUAUGUUCCCUUACACCGGACUUGUUGGACUUGUUGGAGCAACUCCUUUGCUUCUCCUUCCCCAAUCUCGCAAGCUAGCAGCAUCGUUGCUUGGUGCGGAGUCCGGACAAAAUGCGGUUAUACGAACGUUGCUGUACCAGAGGGCCAACGAGACAGUAGAUCCGUAUAAUAUAACAGUGGCGGAGUUCACGAACCUCACCUCGACGCUGGCAAACAAGCUGGGGAAAUGCGGGCUCAGAGAUGAAGGAAUUAUGGUACCUCUGUCACUCGGAGCAGAGAAUCGAACCGAGAGCAAUAUUCUUGCCGCUGAUGUGAACUCUCGUUCGUAUUCUCGAACAGUACGAGAGCUCUUACGGAUACUAUAUGGAAGUGGUAGUGAAAGUAAGGUUGGUGCCUUUUUUCCAAAGGGUGCUAAUGGUUUGAUUGCAAGAAGCUUCCUAAUUGGAAGAGAAGAUCCAAUAAUGUGAAACAAAUCUUGACUAUGGGAUAAAUAGUAUAUUAUAUGUAAUAAAUUAAGAUGGAAAUUCGACUUUCCAAACAAAUAUAUAUAUAAUCCUUUUCAAGUA